GAUGAGCAACUAUGCCGCGGCAGCUUUAGCAGCUCAAACGACGUUUGCCAAUCCUGCUACUUCUCCUCUGAAUAGUCGCUUCCCAACGAAUAGUCCGUCUGCAUUAGACUAUAUCAAUGCCGGAACGAUCGAUCCUUUAGGACCGUACGUUCACGCAGCGACAUCUCCUCAACCGGUAACGGCUGCCGGAUUUGCAACGGGACUGACUACUGGAACGCUAAUUCCAACACUACAUAAUGGCUUCCAUUAA